AUGGGAUUAUCAUUUUCUAAAUUGUUCAGUAACCUCUUUGGUAACAAAGAGAUGAGAAUUUUGAUGGUUGGUUUAGAUGCCGCAGGUAAAACUACUAUUUUGUACAAGUUAAAGUUAGGUGAAAUAGUUACUACGAUCCCUACUAUCGGUUUCAAUGUUGAGACAGUUGAAUACAAGAAUAUUUCAUUCACUGUUUGGGAUGUCGGUGGACAAGAUAAAAUUAGACCAUUAUGGAGGUACUAUUUCCAGAACACCCAGGGUAUCAUUUUUGUCGUUGAUUCCAACGAUAGAGAUCGUAUUGCGGAAGCCAGAGAAGAGUUGCAACAAAUGUUGAACGAAGAUGAAUUAAGAGACGCCUUGUUAUUGGUUUUCGCCAACAAGCAAGAUUUACCAAAUGCUAUGAACGCCGCUGAAAUAACCGAAAAGUUAGGAUUGCACUCUAUCCGUCAAAGACCAUGGUACAUCCAAAGUACAUGUGCCACUACUGGUGAUGGAUUGUACGAGGGUUUGGAAUGGUUGUCUACUAACUUGAAGAACUCUUCAUAA